AUGGUGAUGUCGAAGAUGAAAUAUGAGGAAAUGCGGCAUCAGAGGAUGGAAGAAAACAAGAAGAAACUGGAACAGCUCCAUCUUCCUCUACUCUCUCAAGCCCUCCACAAAUCAGCUUCCUCUCCUAAAAUUUCUCCUAAUCAGAAGGUAAAACCUCGUCCAGUUGGAACAGAGCUAGUUGCAGUGAGAAGAUCAGGCCGUUUAACAAACAAGCCAACUCCUGAUUACAAAGAAUUCAGUUAUUUCCGACAGGUCACGUUUUAUGAGCGAGUACUGAUGCCUAGAAGAAUAUCGUAUUCGAAAUCGAGAAGGGAUUUGGAAAACAGGGUUUAUGCCUCUGAUGAAGCAAGGGCUUGGGCUAUUGAUGAAGCUGAGAAACUGGAAUCAACUCUGGAAGAGGGUUAUCCCUCAUUCGUGAAACCCAUGCUUCAAUCCCAUGUAACUGGUGGCUUUUGGCUGGGUCUUCCGAAUCACUUUUGCAAGAAGCACCUCCCAAAGCGCGACGACACAGUCACAUUGGUGGACGAACAAGGUGAGGAGUGGCCCACGGUAUAUUUGGCUCAGAAAACUGGACUUAGUGGCGGAUGGAGAAAGUUCUCUCUGGAACAUGACUUGGUUGAUGGAGAUGCCUUGGUUUUCCAAUUAACUCGGCCCACUGUGUUUAAGGUUUAUAUCAUCAGAGGAGGUGAUUUUGGGAAGGAGGAAAACUCAGGGGAAGAUUGA